GCUCGUGUUGCACUGCUCUCGGAGAUUUUGAUCAUUUGUUGUAAUGGAAGAGCAAGAGGAUAAGCAACUCCCUCAGAGGAUUUCCCGUGCUUAUGUGGAACAGGUGAACACAGAUUUUAUUAUGGCCUUGGCAAUGCAGCAGCAGGAGCAUGAGAGGAACUACACGAUGCUCGAGACCAUCGAAAGUGAUAGCGAAGAAGAUGAACGUUCAGAUUCCAACAGCAGCAAUGGUCUCGACCACACCAAUGACUCCUUCCAAAGCCAAGAACUUCAUUCCCCGUGGGGUUUUCUUGCAGACGACGAGGAGGAGACUACGGAUGAUAAUGAAUAUAUGGACGAAGACGAAGAAGAAGAUAUCGAGGAGUUUGAUUUGGAUGAGCUAAGCUAUGAAGAGUUGAUUGCAUUAGGGGAGUUCAUUGGAGAAGAAAAGAGGGGACUACCGAUGAACGAAAUACCUUCGUGCUUGCACUCGAGCAAGUUUCAAACCAUCGAAAACAAAAGCGGUAUAGAUCGGUGUGUGAUUUGCCAAGUUGAAUAUGAAGAUAGUGAAGAAUUGGCUGCCCUUCCUUGUGAGCAUCCUUACCAUUCAGAAUGUAUAAGCAAAUGGCUUCAAAUCAAAAGGGUUUGUCCAAUAUGUGGCACAGAAGUUUCAUCUCCCAAGCCUUCUAAAAAUGCUUAAUAUCUUCAUGAUUUGUUCAUUAAUUGAAAGGAAUCUGAAGAAUAUCAAGAACUUCGCAAAGAAAACAGGGAGGUUUAUUUCUUCAUAUUCAUAUACUUUUUAAUGUCAAUACCUCAUCCUAAAGAACCCUCUUUAGCUUUAAUUAUAUUGCAAAUUGUUUUUAUUACAUUGAUUGUGACUCAUUGAUAGUAUUAUAUAGAAUCUCCCUCACAUUUUAUGUAUA